AUGUCUCUCAAGCGCAAAGCUUCAUUUUCAAGCGAAGUCCUCCACGGCCGAAGCUUCGACAUGCAGCCUAUAGCAGAUGUAUCACAUCAUUUGAACAGUCGAACGAGGAAGCGAUUCCGUGAUAAUCGUCCCGACCAACAAACAGUAUAUGCAAACACACUCAGAUUACUAUACCAAGCUCAAAAAGAACCAAUAUCAGCAGCGCCAUCCGAUGAACACUCCCCAUCUGUCGAGCUACCCUCAGAGCGCGAGGCUCUAGAUCCUCGUCAGCAGACCUUGCUCGAAUUCUUUCGACCUACACCUGCUUCUUCUUCGCUCACGAAAGUCGGCACACUAUAUAACAACAAUGAGAGCAAGGUCUCGAAGCUCGAUGCUGAGCCCGUUCAAUCUAACCCAAUUGAAUUUGAAUACGACCAAUCCUGUUCUGUUAGUGGCUCAUCGACUCCGUAUUCAACCGGAAUGGAUGUUGAUAUGAAUAUGGAUGUGGAUCCGAAUACAAACUAUACACCGGAGAAGCGAUGGACUGGCGGCAUAAGCUGGAUGUGA